AGGCGCUUGGUGCCGUGUGCUGCGAUCCUAGUGAUACUGCGUAAUCGCGUCCUUACAUGUUUCGGUUCGGUUACGGCAGUAUUUGGUAUCCCUUUGGCUUCUAAGCAAUAUAUGUAAGAGAUCGUCCACGUACUUCUAAAUUUUGGAGUUUUUGACUUCAAUCACUGACAACACAAUGGCCGGAACUGAGGAGCAGUUCGACCUAGUAACCAUCGGCGCAGGGUCAGGCGGUGUACGCGCAAGCCGCUUCGCUGCCACCCUUUAUGGUGCAAAGGUUGCAUGCGUAGAGCUCCCUUUUGGGCUCGUCGCCAGCGAGUCUGUGGGAGGUGCAGGUGGCACCUGUGUCAUUCGCGGCUGCGUGCCCAAGAAGCUGCUGGUGUACGGCGCUGCGUUCGCGCAGGAGUUUGAGGACGCGCGCGGCUUCGGCUGGUCCUUCCCCGGGGCGGGCGCGGGGGCGGAGGCUGACGGAGACAAGGAGGGGGCGGGUAGCGGCGCCGCUGCACCCAAGCAUGACUGGUCCUCUCUGAUGAAGUUCAAGGACAAGGAGAUCCAGCGGCUGAACGGCAUGUACGGCAACAUCCUCAAGGGAGCUGGCGUCACAUUCCUGGAGGGCCGCGGCGCCCUGCUGGACCCCAGCACGGUGCAGGUCACCGCCCCGGACGGCUCCAAGCGCACCCUGCGUGCCAAACACAUCCUCAUCGCCACCGGCGGAGUGGCCACCAAGAUACCCAUCCCUGGAGCGGAGCAUGCCAUCAUCUCCGACGAGGCUCUGGCGCUGCCGUCCCUGCCGCCGGGGCCCAUCGUGGUGCUGGGGGCAGGCUACAUCGCCACCGAGUUCGCCGGCAUCUUCCGCGGCUGCCACUCGCACCCCGUGCACAUCAUGUUCCGAGGGGACAAGGUGCUGAGGGGGUUCGACGAGGAGUGUCGGGAGCAGGUGCAGGACAACCUGGGCAAGCGGGGAGUCAAGGUGCACGCACGCUGCACACCCACAAGGAUCGAGCAGCACGGCACGCACUCCUACACGCUGCACUACACCGACCCCUCGGGUGCUCCCCAGCAGCUGGCCUGCGCGCUGGUGAUGAUGGCUACGGGGCGCAAGCCGCGAGUGGAGGGACUGGGGCUGGAGUUGGUGGGUGUGCAGCUGGACGGCUCGGGCGCCAUCCCGGUGGACGAGUUCAGCCGCACCCGCGUGCCGGGGGUGUGGGCGGUGGGGGACGUGACCAACCGCAUCAACCUCACACCCGUGGCGCUCAUGGAGGGCAUGGCGUUCGCGCGCUCCGCAUUCGGCGACCAGCUGACCAAGCCCGACUACCGCCACGUGGCCUCCGCGGUCUUCUGCCAGCCGCCCCUCGCCACAGUUGGCUACACGGAGGAGCAGGCGGUCAAGGAGUUCAGCGGCAACAUCGAUGUGUACGUGAGCAGGUUCAGGCCCAUGAAGUACACCAUCUGCGGCCGCGAGGAGCGCACCCUCAUGAAGCUGGUGGUGCACGUGGAGAGCGACAUCGUGCUCGGCUGCCACAUGGUUGGCCCCGAUGCGCCCGAGAUCCUGCAGGGCCUGGCGGUGGCGCUCAAGUGCGGCGCCACCAAGGCGCAGUUCGACGCCACGGUGGGCAUCCACCCCACCGCGGCGGAGGAGUUCGUGACCAUGCGCACCAAGACACGCAGGGUGCCGGCGACGGGCAGCAGCAACCCCAGCAAGCUGUGAGGGAGGAGCAAGGAACAGGAGGAAGGAAG